CAUUAUCGAACGCAUCUACGAAGACUAGUCGGGCGGGAAACAGAGAGGAAAGGAAAGGAAAGGAAAGCAAACCCAACCGUGGGGAAGAGCGAAAAGGCACGUUGGAAAGAGAGGCAUUCCGAGCGACCCAAGCGAUCGAGAAUCCAUCGGUUCGCUUCACGUCCACCAUGCAACGAGACAUAGAUUGUUUCCCCACCCCUGCCAGCGGAUCCAAGGUCGUCCACGGACCRCCAGGAGUGGUCCGCGGAGCCGUUGCGCCCGAAGAUUCCGGGAGCAACACCCACCAARCGCGGGGCUCGUCGUGCUCUUGUGAAUCUCGAACGAAAGGCAGGGGCCCUCGUUGCCGGCAAACAGCCCAGGCAGCCCAUUGCUUCUCGGGRKUCUCGAKCCAUAYCGUGGAGGCUUGUGUGGUUGUGUUCAACAAGCACGCGGUCGUUGGAAGUCUUUUGGGCGGUCUUGGUCUCCACGACAACUCUGGCGUGGUCAGAGCCAUUUCCAAUCUCUGGAGGAGUGAAAACCUCCGCYCGGUUUUUGCGAUCCAAGAAAAGCUCGGGUUUGGUUUGACGACCGUGGCAGCCUGCGUGAUCCGUGUUUCGAAGCGAGUUUUUCGUUUCGGAUGCGAUGCUUGCAGCCGUGUUUUCUGGCUCUCGGUCAGGGCGACAAAGGAAAGAGCGUUUUGGGACGCAAUUGCAUUCCUGUUUGCGGUGUGGCUUYGUCUAUGGGUUCUUGAUGGUUACAUCAUCAACAAGCAAGCUUGUGGGUGGGUCAGCGAUGGAUUUGCAGCGACAAGCGUCGCCUCCUACACUGCCGGCUUCAAGGCUUUCGAGCAAGAUUCGAAAAACCCUUCGCCUUUUUGGUCAUUAGCUGACCAUUUCGUUGCUCCAUCUUCAUCUCCGGGCGGGUUUGCAAAAUUUUUCAACCGGCRACGAGACGAAGAAACAUGUAUUUUCAACUCYCCUUUAACAACAAGCACAAUUGAAUGGAUUCAAUGCAUCCAAUCCUGGGCGUGGUGUWUGGGGUACAUCUUUGGAGACGCCUUCAACUUCUUUGGAUGGUACACAAUAUUGGACUUCAUCACCAUCGUGUUCGACCGGGAAUCUCUGGCGUCGGUGACAAAAUCGUUGCGACGAGACCAGGGAUAUCAGUUGCUGGUUGACGCAUCACCAAUUUGCCAUGGAAUUGGCAUUGCCAAAUCCAAAGCAGGAGUGUCGAUUCAAUUUUUAGUCCUGGGCGUAAUCUGGAUUGUAAUCGCAUCUGCAUGGAACGGAACCCUAUUAUUGGAGGAUCAUCCUCGCCUGGAAACGAAAUUGCUCAUUCGGGCACAGAUUGUAGCCCUGGUCAAAACAAUCAUCUCCGCGGGUGACCUUGAUGUGUUUGGCGCACGAACUUCGCAAGUAUCUAUUGGCUCGAUCUGCAGACGCUUGUUCUACUACUAUUGUUUCCUUUGCAGGUGGUUACACGACCGUAUAUUGAAGAACGGAAAGAAGGCAAACACUACCGAGCCACCGUCAGAUUUUCGAGGACUAUUGCCGCCAUCACCAUCGAACAAAAACAGUGGGAUCGACGCAAAGAAGGAAUCAUACUGGUCCAGCAACAGAAAGACUACGCUGAACAAGCCAUACAAGACUAGAAGUUUAUCUCCGCCAAGAAUCAUAUGUGUGCCAACCACAGUUGAUACCAUCCAUAGUACCCUUGGAGCCGGCAAGAAUUCUGACAAAAGGGGAGAUUACACAGAGAAAAAAGAGGAGACGAGUUUUUCCAGCGAUAUCCUGAAACCUAAUGACUCGUCGGAAGAACUUGGAGCUGAAGACGCCAGCCAAGCCCAAGCUACUCGUAGGAGAAACCAGUCGACACUUGCUCUUUCCAAACAUAACAAACUCACUACUCUAAAACUCCAGAAGCAUUAUUUUACAACAGCCAAAAAAUUCAAUCCAUCGGAAGCACUGUUCACUGAGGGAAAAUCCCUUGCUGAUCCCUCCAGCGACUUUAGUGCAAAUGUGACACAAGCUAAGAAUCAAAGUGAAAUCAAAUUUAACGAUAUCCUUGUAGGAGGAGAUGGCUUAUACUUGUAUCCUGAGGAAAUCAUGACCGAACAUUCUACGGCGGCUCGAGCCUUGGACAAUCUAAUCAUGCGAAAGGGAAGCGAUAUGGAAAGGAACCGGUUAUGUAGAUCGGACCCAUCCUGGUCGUCUGACAUGCCGGAUCGUCCUCUCGAGCAAAUUCCGAAACAAGUGUCCAAUCAAAUUCUUUCGCAAUGGAGGGCCACCGAUCAAUCCCAUCCUGCUUCAUGCAAAGAUUCCACUGUCUCAUCCGAAGUAGUCCAAGAUGAGCAGUCGAGUCUUUCCGAAGCAUCUCGUCAUGAAGCCAGAUGCAACAAUGCCUUGUCUCUGAAACGAAACGCCGCCGCCAAGAAUGUAAAACUUAAUGUGCCUAUUCCGAUCGAUGAGAAAUCAAAACGAUUCGUGAAGGAGUCUUCUCCAAAGCAGAAAAUUUCCGACCUUGAUUCACUGAUUCCGAAUGAAGUUGUCACAGAACUCGAAAKUGAGUCACUGGAAGAUACCGUUGGUACCGAGCCAGAUACCUCCUUGCUCCUGGGGAUGAUGUAUCUCAAGAAAAAGAAGGCAAGGCAACUACGAACGCGAAAAUUUCUGAAACCUCCACCUAACUUCCACCGAAUGAAAAAGUUGAAGCAGCAAAAGGAAUCAGUUGCACAACGAAAAGAAGAGAGUCGAGAGGAAGUAGAACAGAAACAAGACGAGGAACAAGACCAGCACCAACGAACCGCCAAUCCGCCGUCAGGAUUCGGUCAGGUCGGUAAGGUUUACACCCCCCCUAAGAAAUCCCAUCGACUUCAAAGGCUCGGAAUUAUCAUUAAUGGAAAGAUAACCGAGACGAUUCCCGAGGAGGUUGAAAUAUGUCUGGGAUCCCCAUCCUGUAAGCCUGUAAGGAAAGAGUAUUGGAGUUUCAACAACUGUACCGGGAAGGGCGACCGGAUGGGGAUGAUGAAUGAUCUCAUGCUACGGAGCAGCAUUCCACAGUGCAGUAGUAAGCUAGCUGCUACCUGUACAAAUAGCAUGAAAGGAAGCGAUGCAUGUAUUUUGCAACUUUCAAAUUCAUGAUACACACGAAGGUAAGAAAAUAACCAAAUUCAAAUUAA